GACUGACUGACAAACUCAACUAUAAAGAACACGAGGAAAUUAAACGUCACAAAUCCGAAACAUUCACAGUUUGCGCGCUCAUCACUCAGCUACAGACAUGGAUUGCGGAAUUCUAACAUCUAAAACAGUUCUUCUAUUUCUCAGUUUAAUAUUUUGGGCUGCUGGAGCGGCCCUCGCAUAUGUUGGCUCUUAUGUGAUAAAGAGCUACAACAGCUUUGAAGACUUCGUGUCUGAUAAGUACUCUGUCAUCCCAGCAGCCAUUAUAAUCGGUGUGGCUGUGGUCAUGUUUGUCAUCGGGAUCGUUGGCUGCUGUGCAACUCUGAGGGAGUCCAAAGUUGGUUUAGGCUUUUUUCUUAUCCUCAUCAUGAUAAUCUUCGCAGCUGAGGUGACCGCUUUGGUGUUUGGCUUCAUCUACAAGGGAAGAAUUAAAGGUGACCUAGAAAAGUCAAUGAACAGCGUCUUUCAAGUGUAUGACGGUGUGAACACUGAAUCCCAUGCAGUGGAUUACUUGCAAUCUCAAUUGGAGUGCUGUGGGGUGAAUAAUAUCACAGACUGGACUGCAAUACCAUGGUAUGGCCAACAUAACAACUCUGUGCCACAUUCCUGCUGCAAAGCAAAUGCUACACAAUGCACUGGCCAACUCACCCGACUAGAUCUUCUGAACACACAGGGAUGUGAAGCUAAACUGGAGCAGAUGCUUCAGGAUGUGCUUAGUUAUGCAAUGUUGGUCAUCCUGGGAUUUGCCAUCAUUAAGCUGUUUGGGAUGCUCAGCAUCUGUGUCAUUACCUGCAGAAGCAAGAGGAAUGACUAUCAGCCUCUGUACGCGUGAUAGUAAAAUCUCCUGAAUCCCUCUCUUGGGACAGUCUACAUUCUCGAUACUGUGCAGCUAAACAUAGCCUCAAUAGCACCAUAAACAACAGAGGUUUGAAGGUGUGGCAGUAUUCCAAAAAUUUAGUU